AUGCCACAAGUCAGUGCUUCAAUUAAAGCCAAGCUUCGCGUUGCCAUCAUCGGCGCAGGUCCGGGUGGUCUGACGCUCGCAGUGGCACUCUCGAAGUUUAGCGACUCUCAAUGCCCGGUCAUAGUCGAUUUAUACGAGUCUCAACCACACAUUGGGACCAUCGGGGCUGGGCUCAGCGUUUGGCCGCGUACACGAACUCCGCUCACUGAGCUUGGGCUCAUGCAACAUCUGCAAGGGGAGCUCAAUGCCGAAGCCGAAGAGGGGAGAGCGCUGUUGUUCAGGAAGUCAGAUGAAGCGCAAGGUUAUCCUGUAUUCCAGAUGCAAGCAGACUGCAAGCCGCUGCUCGUCCAUCGCUCGACGUUCAUCCAUGCCAUCAAGAAAGAGCUACCCUCCGCGCCGCUCUGUGCCUUUCACCCAAGCAAACGGCUGUCUUCGCUCACCCAGAACGACGAGGACGGCGUUGUGAAGAUGUACUUUGCCGACGGCAGCACCGCUGUUGCUGAUGUCGUCAUUGGUGCGGACGGGGUACGGUCUGCCGUGCGCACCAGCAUGCUCUCCGAGGAUGAGCGCGUUGAACCGAAAUGGUCGGGGGUCAUCGCGUAUCGAGCAUCUAUAACGCGGGACAUGCUAGUGGCCCAUGGCAUGAGAACACGUCAAGCUGAGCCUCAUAUGCACUGUGGUAAGGGAAGGCACAUUGUGACUUACCCCAUCUCUCGUGGCGAAAGUGUCAGCCUGGUCGCGUUCGUGACACGAGCGAACUAUGGCAACUUCGAGGGGAGAUGGAACCGCGAUGUUCCGGUGGAGGAAGUACGCGAAGCUUUCGCCGGUUGGGAGCCGGAGGUCGAGACUUACAUGCAGUGCAUUGAAGAGUGCCAGGCAUGGGCACUUCACGUUGUGGGCAAUCUUCCACGCUGUGCGUCUGGCCGAGUGGCGAUCCUUGGUGAUGCGAUGCAUGCGAUGGAGACAAAUAUCGGCGCCGGCGCCGGGCAAGCCAUAGAAGAUGCAUACGUCCUCGCACGUCUCUUGACGCACCCCUCGAUAUCGCGCUCGACUGUUCCUCAGGCUCUGCAAGCUUAUAACGAAUCGCGCCUGGAGUUGACGAUGGAAGUUGUUCGGCAGACGCACUACGCUGGCAGGCUUUUCGAGUUCAACGAAGGCCCACUUCCUUUUAUGCCCACCGACAGUGCAUGGCAAGAUAGAUGGAGCGAGCAGGUGAGUCAGGUCUGGGACUUCCAGAUGCGCACCAAAGGGGCAGAAGACUGUUGGAAGGAGGCCGAAGAGUACAUGCACGAGAACUUGUCCAAGCUGGAGGAGAGUGACUAG